AGUCCCGAUAACCAUUGCUUUUAAGCACUUGUUGUCCGCACCAUUCUCUCUUUCAAGAGCAAACCAGAAACGAUCACCACCACCAUCAUCAUGUUGGAGCCACAGCUUCCUCAAUCCCCACCUGCCUCCCCAACCUUGGUCCCAUUAACCAAGCCAUCUAGCCAAGGCAAUGGCGGUGAGAUCAAAGAGGUUGCUAGCCUGGCCGCUCCCGCACCCCAAAAGAGCCCUAGAAGCGCUCGACCGGGUGAGAUCAAAGAGGUUGCCAGCCCUGCCACUAUGGAGAAGUCGUUGUCCGUCAAAGCGGUAGUGACCGUGAAAUCCAGCGCCGGUGGGUUGUUCUCGGAAAUCGGGAUACUCGGAGGGCUCGAUAUGAUUACUGAUCUGGUGAGGAGAACACUCCUCUUGGAGCUUGUUAGUGCAGAGGUUGACCCUAAGACGGGACAAGAGAAGGGCACAAUCAAAGGGUACGCGCACAAGAAGAGCCAAAGUACGGAGGAGGCGACAUACGAGCACAAGUUCGAGGUCGGAGAGGAGUUCGGGGAGGUCGGGGCGAUUCUCGUUGAGAAUAAGCACCACAAGGAGAUGUACCUCAAGGACAUCGUCCUCGAAGGGUUCGUAGGCGGUCCAGUUAACAUCACAUGCAACUCAUGGGUUCACUCCAAGUUUGACAACCCACAGAAGAGGGUCUUCUUCACCAAUAAGUGCUAUUUACCGACGGAAACGCCGAGCGGGCUAAGGAGACUGAGAGAGGAAGAGCUGGUGAUCCUGCGUGGGGACGGCCAAGGCGAGAGAAAGUCGUACGAGAGGAUAUACGAUUACGAUGUGUACAACGACCUCGGAGAUCCGGACAGCGGCGUGGAUAAGAAGAGACCGGUGCUUGGUGGCCAAGAGCUUCCGUACCCUAGAAGGUGCCGGACCGGGCGCCCUCGGUGCAAGACCGAUCCACAAUCGGAAUCGAAGAGCAGUAGCAUAUACGUGCCUCGAGAUGAAGAGUUCUCUACAAUAAAGGAAUUGACGUUCUCGGCGAAGACGGUGUAUUCGGUGGUGCAUGCGGUGUUGCCGUCGCUAGAGACGGCAAUAGUCGACACCGACCUGGGGUUCCCCAACUUCACCGCCAUUGAUAAGCUCUUCAAUGAAGUUGGCGACGUGCCCAUGUUGACGAAGCAAGGCUUCCUCAAGGACCUCUUCCCUCGGCUGGUCAAGACCGUCGCCGAUGCCACCGAAGAUGUCUUGCGCUUCGAAACCCCUGAAACCAUGAAGCGAGACAAAUUCUUUUGGUUUAGUGAUGAAGAGUUCGCUCGUCAAACCCUAGCAGGAAUUAACCCUUACACAAUCCAGUUGGUCACGGAAUGGCCCUUGAGAAGCGAGCUCGACCCUAAGAUCUACGGUCCACCCGAAUCGGUCAUCACGACAGAAAUCAUCGAAAGGGAAAUCAAAGGCUUCAUGACAGUUGAUGAGGCCAUAAAGCAAAAGAAGCUGUUCAUGCUAGACUACCACGACCUGCUCCUACCAUACGUGAACAAAGUGAGGCAGCUCAAGGGGACAACCCUCUAUGGGUCGAGGACUCUCUUCUUCUUGACCCCGGAUGAGACGUUGAAGCCACUCGCCAUCGAGCUCACACGGCCGCCCACCGACGACGGGAAGCCGCAAUGGAAGCAGGUGUUCACCCCAUCAUGCCACUCCACUGGCAUGUGGCUUUGGCGGCUCGCCAAGGCCCAUGUCCUCGCCCACGACUCUGGAUACCAUCAGCUCGUCAGCCACUGGUUACGGACUCAUUGUGCUACGGAACCCUACAUAAUAGCGACAAACCGGCAAUUGAGCGAGAUGCACCCGAUCUACAAGUUGUUGCAACCGCACUUCCGGUACACGAUGGAGAUCAAUGCUCUGGCUCGUGGGAAUCUCAUCAACGGCGACGGCAUUAUCGAGACCACCUUCUCUCCCGGCAAGUAUUCCAUGGAGCUCAGCGCUGUCGCCUACGACAAGCAGUGGCAAUUCGACUUACAAGGCUUGCCAAAUGACUUGAUCAGCAGGGGGUUGGCGAUGGAGGACCCGACGGCACCUCACGGCCUCAAGCUAGCGAUCGAAGACUACCCCUUCGCUAACGACGGCCUCCUCUUGUGGGACAUCAUCAAUGAGUGGGUCACGGGCUACGUCAACCACUACUACCCCAACCCGACCCGUAUUGUGUCGGACAUGGAGCUCCAAUCUUGGUGGACCGAGAUCCGGACCGUUGGCCACGGUGACAAGAAAGACUCCCUCGGGUGGCCCGACCUCAAGAGCCCAUCUGACCUCAUCCACAUUAUCACCACCAUCGUUUGGGUCGCCUCCGGCCAUCAUGCUGCCGUCAACUUCGGCCAGUACACCUAUGCCGGCUACUUCCCGAACCGCCCCACCAUUGCCCGAACCAAGAUGCCCGUCGAGGACCCGACCGAAGAAGAGCUCAAGAUCUUCAGGGAUAAGCCUGAGGACACGCUCCUCCAUUGCUUCCCAUCGCAGAUACAGGCGACAAAGGUGAUGGCAGUCCUCGACGUUCUGUCGAACCAUUCACCGGAUGAGGAGUACCUGGGACAAUAUCCAGAACUGGCAUGGAAGGAGGAGCCGGCGAUAAACGUGGCAUUCGAGAGGUUCAAUGAGAGGCUGAAGGAGUUUGACGGCAUCAUCGAUGCGAGGAACACUGACCAAAGUUUUAAGAAUCGGAACGGAGCUGGGAUCGUGCCAUAUGAGCUCUUGAAGCCGUUCUCUGAGCCUGGUGUGACCGGGAAGGGAGUUCCAUACAGCAUUUCCAUUUGAGGAUAGAACAUCUCGUGGCGACGGCAAUGGUGGUCGCAGAUAAAUAAA